GAGAAAUAUCUGGGUGUGAGAAGGUGAACAAAGUUUUCAAUUUUGAUUACCUGUAUUGGUUUCAAAUUUCAUUCAUUUAUUGUAGUUUUGAUGUCAUUGCAAAUCUAAUUUGAUAUGUAGGGUGAUACUAUCCAUGCUGUGAUUGAGAAAAAAUAUGCCCAAAAAUUCAUAGGAAGAAUUUGAAAAAAUAUCAAUUUUAUACUAUUAAACACCCACUGGUACACCUGCUGCCAGAGGGUGGAGAAGCGGUGCAAGUUGGUGAUUCUGCUGGAGGCAAAAACAGAUUGGCUAAACACAUUUUUAAAAGAUUUGCUAAGCAUGAUUCAAUUUUGCAUCUUUCCAUUCUUUAAUUGUCAAUUUCUUUAGUUUUUUCGAUAGAAAAUCUGUUUAGCAAUUUUGAAUCCUGCAGCUUUUUAAUCUUCUAAGUUAGUUUAAGAAAUUUCUGAGAGUUAAAGACGUAAACCUACAAAGUGCCUACCCUAAUCUUACAAAAAUCCUUUAUCCAAUCACAGAGAAGACUUUUUCUCAAGCUCAAUUAAUCAGAUCGGCUCAUUAUGACAAAUUUACCUUCCAUUGCAUUUUCAUGUCUAUUAUUUUGCAUUUAUGAUGUACCUCAUGCAUUCUCAAUUUAUGGGCAGGUGGAUACAGCAAAUGUUCAACUUGAAAGGUGGAUGGAAGACAUUUGGAAUUUGAGGGGAUAUUUAAAUGAGGCUAAACACGUAAUGGUGCCAGGUUUAGGUUCAAGUAGGUCACUCAAAUAUUUAAAUGAGGCUAAAAGUCAUACUCAUCAAUCUUAAAUUUUGUUAAUUUCCUUAAAUUUGAUCUUCAAUUUUGUAUUUGUAAUGUAUUUAUUUAUUUAUUUAUUUUUUUGGUUUGACAAAACCAAAAAUUAAUUCUUUUGUUGAAAAUCAGAUUGGCACAAACUUCCCAAUCAAUAUUUUCAUUCUUA